UCAUUAGACUUGUUUUAAACAGCCUGAGGAAUUAAAUUUUUAGUCUAAUUAUAAAAUUACUUGCUUUAGAAAAUUUUCGUUUUGUAAUAUGUUGCCUCAACUAUUGUUAUCCCGUCUGGUGAGGCGCAUGCUAUGGCAAACGGUGCGAUUUAAUAGCGCCGGCAGCAACAAAAGCAAUGCACCUGAUGCAGCUAGUAACGACGUAAUUGUUGACUACGAAGAUCCGGAUUAUUUGCCCUUACCGCAAUAUCCAGCGCGACCCAAUGAGCCGCUCCACACACGUAAAUCGCGUUUGGUGUAUCAGUCAAGAAAGCGUGGUAUGUUGGAAAACGAUCUGCUGCUGAGCACAUUUGCAGACAAGUAUCUGAAAGAUUUUAAUGCAGAGCAAACCGCAAUAUAUGACCAGCUAAUAAAUGGCGUCAGCAACGAUUGGGAUAUUUAUUACUGGGCCACAGACGUAAAGCCAACACCAAAGGAGUACGAUACGGAGAUAAUGAAGCUGCUAAAGCAACAUGUCAAAAAUACUGAAAAAGUCACGCGCUUUCGACAGCCAGAUUUGAACUAGAUUAUAAUAAGUAACUGUUUGGCACUAUAAUGGGGAAAACAUAAGCAAGGCAUCUAUAACUUGCGGAUGCGUCUUGAGUAUAGUUUUCCCUUGCUUGAAAAAAACUCCCUUGCUAGCACGCCUUUUGCUUAUUAUAGUGAAAUUUUUUUUUCUUUUUUUUUAUAUUAGACUAUGAACAUUUGCUUGCUGCUGUUUUCUGCGAAUACAA